AUGAGUCCUAAAAUAUUUGUUAACAUCUUGACUUCUCCAAAGUCUUUAUUUAAAACACAAAUAACACAUGGAAUAUAUGUUCAGCAAAUAUACAAACGCUGGAAGAAUGAAUCACAUCUGCCGCCAAAAGACUUUAGUAAUUUACAGACUAUGCAAGACAUUAAACUAAAAUUAUCCAAUAUAAUGGGUAUAUCUGGAAAAUAUGAAAAUGAAGAAAGGGGAUGGUUAUCUGAGUAUCUGCCGAAAAAACAAAAUGAUCUACCACCUCGGUCUAUGAAUGACAGUUUUGAUAGAGCUAUAGUUCCCUUGAGCACUGAUUUGACAUUGCAAAAUAAGUACACUACAACAUUCAAAAGCUUACGAAUUGGACGCCUAUUAGAAGAUAUGGAUCUUUUUGCUGUUUGGAUUGUUAUGAAGCACAUUUAUAAUCCAAUGCAACCACCGGAUGUUCCAACACCAUACGUUGUUGUAACAUUACUAGUAGACGAUGUUGUCAUAAAUGCUAAUCGAUUUCCAGAUAAAGAUUUAAUUCUAACCGGUCAAGUAACUCAUGUUGGAAAAACUUCAUUAGAGGUUACUUUGUGGCUUGAACAAUGUAAUGAUGAUAAAUUUGAGCGUAUUACGAGAGCUCAUUUUGUGUUUGUUGCUAGAGAUCCAACAAAUACAUCAUCCGUCAUGGUAAACAAUUUAGAACCAGUUGGAGAACGCGAAAAAAAUCUAAUGAUUCUUUCUGCAAAAAAAAAUGAGGAUAGAAAAUUGGCUCGCCAAAACUCAAUAUUGAAUAAAAUGCCAACACCUGAAGAACAAUCACUUAUAUAUGAAACAUUUAUGAAAACAGUUGAUAGAAAAGAGCCAAUAAUUGGUAAUAAAAUAUUACCAGAAAAUAGUGUGUGGAUGGAUGAUACGAUGCUUGAGACUAACAUUCUUUGCCAUCCUGAAGAUCGAAACUUACAUAAUACUGUUUUUGGUGGUUAUUUGAUGCGUGUUGCUACUGAACUUGCAUUUUUAGUAGCAAGUGCACACAGCAAAACAAGAGUGACAUUAGAAGCAAUUAAUAGUAUUACUUUUCGAAAACCAGUUCCAAUUGGUAGCAAAUUGAAGUUAAAUGGACAGAUAUGUUACACCAGCGGUAGAGUAAUGAUAGUAGAAAUUAUAGCCAAAGUUGAAGAACUUGAAAGUAAAAAAAGUUUAACUUCUAACUCAUUUUACCAUGUAUAUGUUGCUCCAAAUGAUGUUGAUUCAGUAUUACCUCAGAAUUAUCAUGAUUCUAUGCUCUACAUUGAUGGGCGUAGAAGGUACUUGGAUUUUGUCAACCACUUAGAAAAGGGACAACCAGGGGAUAACUAA